UCGAGGAGACCAUGGCGAUACCCAGGACGUUCUGACGGGCUAUCAGAAAAAUAGCCCUCGAAAAACGGAUCAACGCCCCAUAUAAACGACACUAGACUUGGACACUGUGAGACAUAAAAAUGGGGUCCCGUAUCAAGGACAACCCUGAGGCCACUUUCGAGGUGUACCUGGAGGUGACCCAUCCUGGAACCACUGGCUCUGAUCCGGAGGUGCGGAGGCGAUUCCCCGAGGACUACAUCGACCAGGAAACUCUUCAGACAGUCCCCAAGUUCUGCUUCCCCUUCAGUGUGGACAGUCUGUCGGUGAGCCAAGUGGGCCAGAACUUCACCUUUGUUCUGACGGACAUCGAGAGCAAGCAGCGCUUUGGCUUCUGCCGCCUCUCCUCGGGGGCCCACAGCUGCUACUGCAUCCUCAGCUAUCUGCCCUGGUUUGAGGUAUUCUACAAGCUGCUCAAUAUCCUCGCUGACUACACAAUCAAAGGCCAGGAGAGUCAGUGGCGAGAGCUCCUGGAGUCACUCCAUACACUCCCCAUCCCUGAUCCUGGAGUGCCAGUCCAUCUUAGCGUGCAUUCCUACUUUACUGUGCCUGACACAAGGGAAUUACCCAGCAUACCUGAAAACAGAAACCUAACAGAGUAUUUUGUAGCCGUAGAUGUCAAUAACAUGCUCCAUCUGUACGCUAGUAUGCUUUAUGAGCGUCGAAUCCUCAUCUGCUGUAGCAAACUAAGCACCUUAACGGCUUGUGUUCACGGGUCAGCGGCCAUGAUGUACCCAAUGUAUUGGCAACACGUUUACAUUCCUGUCCUGCCUCAGCACCUAAUAGACUACUGCUGUGCGCCCAUGCCCUACCUCAUUGGAGUACAUUCCAGCCUAAUGGAGAAGGUGAGGGGGAUGGCCCUGGAUGACGUAGUAGUCCUCAACGUAGACACCAACACCCUAGAAACACCCUUUGAUGACCUCCAAAGCCUGCCCAACGACGUGGUGUCAUCCUUAAAGAAUCGCCUGAAGAAGGUUUCCACGACGACGGGAGAUGGCGUGGCCCGAGCUUUCCUCAAGACACAGGCCGCUCUCUUCGGCUGCUACAGGAACGCGCUGCAGAUCCAACCGGGAGAGCCAAUAACGUUCAGUGAGGAGGUCUUUGUGACCCACCGCUCCAGUGCCAUGAGACAGUUCCUGCAGAACGCCAUCCAGCUGCAGCUCUUCAAACAGUUCAUCGAUGGCCGCUUGGACCUGCUGAACGCUGGUCAGGGCUUCAGUGAUGUUUUCGAGGAUGAGAUCAACAUGGGAGAGUAUGCAGGCAGCGACAAAAACUACCACCAGUGGCUAUUCACAGUAAAGAAAGGGGGCGGUGCUAUCUUUAACACAGUGAGGACCAAGGCUAACCCGGCCAUGAAAACUGUCUAUAAGUUUGCUAAAGAUCAUGCCAGGAUGGGGAUAAAGGAAGUCAAGAGCCGACUAAAGCAAAAGGAGCUGGCAGAGAAUGGCUACUCCUCGACAGUGGGCACUGGUGGCACAGGAACGGGCACCGGGGAGGAGGGCACCACUGACGGAUCGCCCACCUCCACAGACGGAAAGGACGGCAGCGCCCGCACCUGGGACGAACGGCGUCCUAUCACUGUGCACUUUGGACAGCCCCUCCGAGAGCCUCCCCCUCGGCCCCCUCCUCCCAGGCUCCAAUGCGGCAACGCGUGGCCCGCCCGUCCACCUAGGCCUCAGGUGGCCAAGAGACCUCGCAGCAACGUGGGCCUGGAGAGUAGCCCUGAACAUGGUGGCCGUCCCACACGUCACUACACAGUCUUUCUGUCCGAAGACUCAUCAGGCGACGAGCUGCAGCACGAAGACCACUCCAUUGCCAGCUUCCCCGAGAACUUUCUCUUCUCUGCCCCCUUCGAAUGGUCACCCCUGCCGCCUCCUUACCGCUCCCUGAAAGAGGCGGAGGAGGGGGAGGAGCCCAUCAGCGGCCCCUCCUACACAGCCCCGCCCAGCCCAGUGAUGGAGAAGUUUGCUGAUAUCAACCUGCUGGGGAACAUGUUCAGCUGCUUGGACGAGCCUGAGGGACAGCAACUCAGCCUGGCCAAGAGCCUGGAGGACCUCCGCACACCCAAAGACCCCCAAGAGCAGCAGAAAUUAAUCUACCAGCGGAUGGACCUGAGUGGCACCCUUCCAGGCCUCAAGCACUCCAACCCCUACAACAAGAUGUGGAGCAUGCAUGGGCAGGAUGAUAUGGCCAUGUCUGGCCGGGUGUCUCCGAAUUGGGAACGACCCCUGUCCGUGCCCCCUCCUGACCUGGAAGAGCUGCGGCCCCCUAGCCGAGAGAGCUUCGGUCCCGGGGUCCUCGAGCGGCCGGAUCUCUUCACCACCCCCAGCCAAGGGGAGUGCAUCACCAUCCCCCGCCCCCAGGGGAGGAAAACCCCAGAGCCAGGUAAGGUCUUGGGUCCGCCACCAGUGCCCCAGCCCCGGACCAAGCCGGGGGUAGUGGGGGAUGGUGGGACCACUACAGCAGGGGGGCAGGAGUUCCGGCAGGCCCUUGGGAUGGGGGGUGACCUGAUGCUGCAGCCCACCAAGAUGGACUUCAAUGACGGGGAGGAUGUGGACCUGCUCAGCCUCCUGGACCCCCUGAACAACCCGGCCCAGACCACCACCACCCCAGCCUUGGCAGGGGAAGGAGCAGACUCACGGUCCUGUGCUGAACCUCCAACCUCCAGGCCUGUUCUCCCACCACGUCCCUACCCUCAGAGCCUGCCCCCCUUCCACCAACACAUGCCCCUGAACCCCUUCACCCCGCCCCUCGGCUACUCCACCCACAGACACUACUCGCCCACCGUAGCGGGGAAUCCCUUUGGUGGCCGUGCCUACGGGCCUCCCGCCUCCACCUAUUUCCACGCCUCCCCCCAAGGUCACCCUCCUCACCCUCUUUCUACAAUGCUGGGGCUCUACAGACUGUCCUCCCCCGUGGGGUCUACCCUCCCUCCUGGUAUGGGAUCCAUGCGGUCUGCCUUCCCCAAUCAUGGCGGUCCUCCCCCUACCUCCUCAGGCAGCCACCAUGCUCUCUCUAACCUGUUGGACUCCCCCUCGGUCCCCACCCCUAGCCUCGCCACUAGGGUACUGCCAAAGCCUCCCAACACUGCAGAGGACUCCAACGAGACUCAGGAUCCCUUUGGGGACCUACUGGCCAUGGCUAAGCCGGCCGCUGCACCACCUAAAAAGAAGGUGGAGGGCCUUCGGGGGAAAUGGGAGACUUUUGACUAACCCUCCUUUCCUUACUUUCCACGUGUGGGCGUUGUCUUAUUCACCUCUUCCCUGCACCAGCUUAUGCUGCUGACCAAUGAGUAACAGAGUCUGUGUGUCAGGCGACCAAUCAAGAGGCUGGGUUCCAAGCUGUCCCCUCUCCCCCGUCUCCCCCGCUAAAUGUCGGGGUUCACACCUCACUCUUUCUCUCUCUCCCCCUCUCUCCCCCUCCUCUCUCCGUCUCUCUCUGUCUCUAUGUUUCUCUCUCUCUCCGUCUCUCUCUGUCUCUGUUUCUCUCUCUCUCCGUCUCUCUCUGUCUCUGU